UUGGACAUGGAGAACUUGGAGGUUCUUGAUCUGGAAGGAAACUCGCUAACUGGGUUGGUUCCCGAUGAUUUUGCUAGGUUGGGUAAGUUGCGGGUUCUCAACCUUGGGUUCAAUAGGAUUACUGGUGGGAUUCCUAGCUCGCUUUCAGAUUGUGCGAGUUUGGAGAUCUUGAAUUUAGCUGGGAAUCAGUUGAAUGGGACAAUUCCGGAGUUUGUUGGUCGGUUAAGAGGGGUCUACUUGUCUUUCAAUUUCUUUACAGGAUCCAUUACGAGUGAGCUCGGGAAUAGCUGUGGGAAGCUUGAGCAUCUCGAUCUGUCUGGUAAUUUUUUGGUCCGUGGGAUUCCGAGCAAUUUGGGGAAUUGCAUUCAGUUGCGGACUCUGUUGCUGUAUUCUAAUAUGCUGGAAGAGGCCAUUCCAGCCGAAAUCGGUAAGCUGCAGAAGCUAGAAGUGCUCGAUCUUUCGAGGAAUAGCCUGAGCGGUCCGAUACCCCCCGAGCUCGGAAACUGCCUGCAGUUGUCCGUCCUCGUGCUCUCGAAUCUCUUUGAUCCAAUUCCCAAGAUCAAUUACACAGAUGAAGACUCUCCAACUGAGGAACUUAGUAAUGAUAGUUAUAACUACUUUGCGGGUUCCAUACCUGAGGCAAUAACGGCCCUUCCAAAACUGAGGAUAUUGUGGGCCCCAAGUGCAAACCUCAAUGGCCAAUUCCCUUCCAAAUGGGGUAAGUGUGAAAACUUGGAGAUGAUCAACUUAGCUUCUAAUUACCUUUCUGGGGAGCUUCCUACGGGGUUUAACGUCUGCAAAAAGCUCAAAGUCCUUGAUUUAAGCUCGAACCGGCUUUCUGGAGAACUUGAUAAAAACCUCCCAGUUGCUUAUACGACUCUAUUUGAUCUUAGCGGUAACAACUUUGAUGGUGAGAUUCCUAUGUUCUGUGACAAGGAUUGCCCGCCACUGCGUUCGGAUGGAUAUUUGGGUUUUGCUGAUGCAUCGUCCCGGUAUUUUUCAUUUUUUGCCACUAGCGUUCAAGGUGCAACCCCUCUCGAAUUUCUUGGAGAUGGUGAUCUGAUAGUACAUAACUUCGGGGAAAAUAACUUUACAGGCAAUCUUUUGUCGUUCCCAAUAGCACACGAAAGAAUGGGAAGGAGAACUGUUUAUGCUUAUCUUGUGGGUGGAAAUAAGCUCACCGGACCAUUUCCUGAUAGUUUAUUUGAGAAAUGCGAGUAUUUGGGGGGACUGAUCCUUAAUGUUAGCAGCAAUAGAAUAUCUGGUCCAUUUUCUGUGACAUUUGGUAAAAAGUGUAGUUCUCUCAAGUUCUUGGAUGCAUCUGGGAAUCAGAUGACUGGGCAGGUACCUGCUAGCUUUGGUGAGCUUUUAUCUCUGAAUCACCUGAACCUAAGUCGGAACAAGUUUCAGUAUCAAAUACCGACUUCUCUCGGUCAGGUGGCUGAUUUGAAGUACCUUUGUUUGGCUGGCAAUAACUUUAAUGGUUCUAUACCUUCCACCUUAGGUCAGUUGCAGUCUUUGGAGUUGCUGGAUCUCUCGUAUAACGAUCUUUCGGGUGAAAUUCCGAGUGAUCUUGUUAACUUGAGAGGCCUAAAAGUUCUGCUGCUCAAUAAUAAUUCACUCUCUGGACAGGUUCCCUCUGGUUUGGCAAAUGUUACCACGCUAUCUGCUUUUAAUGUGUCGUUCAAUAACUUGUCUGGUUCCCUGCCAUCAAGUAACAACAUGAUUAAAUGUAGUGGUGCGAUCGGAAAUCCUUACCUCCGCUCGUGCCAUAUGUCUUCUCUGGCGGUGCCAUCAUCUGAAAUGCAAGGUGCGGUGGGCGACCCGAGUAGUCUUGCAGCUUCACCGUCUGGUGCUGCAACCCAAACAAGUGGAGGUGGCAGCUUCAAUUCAAUUGAGAUAGCAUCCAUUACAUCUGCCUCCGCCAUUGUUUCUGUUCUUAUAGCUUUGAUUAUUCUGUUUCUAUAUACCCGAAAGUGGAACACGAGGUCUAAAGUUCUCGGAUCAAUGAGAAAGGAAGUAACGGUUUUUACUGAUAUCGGGGUUUCCCUGACAUUUGAGAAUGUGGUGCGUGCGACAAGUAAUUUCAAUGCCAGCAACUGCAUUGGCAGUGGAGGGUUUGGGGCAACUUACAAGGCAGAGAUCUCCUCCGGGGUGUUAGUCGCAAUAAAACGGCUUGCUGUAGGUCGGUUUCAAGGCGUCCAACAGUUCGAUGCAGAAAUUAAAACUCUCGGAAGGCUGCGCCACCCGAAUCUAGUCACCUUAAUUGGUUACCAUGCCAGUGAAACAGAGAUGUUUCUGAUAUAUAAUUAUUUGCCUGGUGGUAAUCUGGAAAAAUUCAUCCAGGAGAGGUCUACAAGGGCGGUUGACUGGAGAAUACUUCACAAGAUUGCACUGGACAUAGCCCGCGCGCUCGCAUAUCUUCACGAUCAGUGUGUACCACGAGUCCUCCACCGCGACGUAAAGCCAAGUAACAUACUAUUAGACGACGAUUUCAAUGCUUAUCUCUCUGAUUUUGGAUUGGCCAGGCUUCUCGGGACAUCUGAAACCCAUGCUACCACAGGUGUGGCUGGAACUUUCGGCUACGUCGCUCCCGAAUACGCCAUGACUUGCCGUGUCUCCGAUAAAGCAGACGUGUACAGUUACGGCGUGGUGCUUCUCGAGCUACUCUCGGACAAGAAAGCGCUAGAUCCCUCAUUUUCCUCGUACGGUAACGGUUUCAACAUCGUAGCUUGGGCAUGUAUGCUGCUUCGGCAGGGGCGUGCCAAGGAGUUCUUCACAUCAGGGUUGUGGGAGGUAGGCCCCCAUGACGAUCUGGUUGAAGUAUUACACUUAGCAGUUGUAUGUACAGUUGACUCUCUCUCAACGAGGCCGACGAUGAAGCUGGUCGUACGACGGCUUAAGCAGCUACAACCGCCGUCAUGUUAGCGGGGACGGGCGAGCAGGCGAUACAGGCAUUUAUUGACAUAGUUAAUUUGUAGAAGAUUAGAGAGAGGCAGAUUGUAAUUUGUGUUUUCUUUCUUAUGACUGCAAAAGCCACUGCCCUGGCCAUAGGUUGGUUGGUUGCUUGAGUUCUAAAAUUGUAAGUUAAUUUUCUCUUGUAAAUUCUAAUAUAGUUGUGCCCUCAAAUUCUUUUUUUUUUUUCUAUAAAAAGAAGUUUGCUGA